CUGAUUUUUGUUAUUGACUGUGGAGCGGACAUAAUUUGUCACUGCAUCAGGUGGGGCUUGUCUUUUAUGAGCUUAUAAUAUUCAAGGAGAACUGAAAAUGUUAAGUGAUUUAAAAUUACCAUAUAAUCCCAGGAGGCUUGGUGGUAUACUGGUUAAGAGAUUAACUGCUAACCAUAAGGCUGGCAGUUUGAAUCCAGCUGCUCCUUGGAAACCGUAUGGGGCAGUUCAAUCUGUCCUAUAGAGUCACUAUGUGUCAAAAUUGUCUUGAUGGCAAUGAAUUUUUAUACAAUCCCUAAAUCUCAUCUUAUAUAUUCAUAAAUACAAAAAACUAGACUCAAGACCUUAAAUAAAUAAAAUUUGGUUCAAUAGUUUUUCUUAAGAAAAUUAAAAAAAAAUAGUUAUCAUGUUUUAAAAUUUUGGUUUAGCAUUUAUUAGUUAAUAAACACAUAGAUUCUGAAAGAGACAUCUUUUCCAGUCUUAGCAAAGGAUAGUUGACUAAGCUUCCUGUAUCGUUACUAUGUUUAUUUAUUUAUUAAUUUCCAGGACUGACUUUUGGAUUCCAAUGAACUGAAGCCAUGUUACUGCCAGAGAGAAAUAGAAGCACAGCCACGUUCACCCUUUUGGGCUUCUCAGAUUGCCCAGAACUGCAGGUUCCCCUUUUCCUGGUAUUUCUGGCCAUCUACAGUGUCACUGUUGUAGGGAAUCUUGGGAUGAUUGUAAUCAUCAAAAUUAACCCCAAACUUCACAUCCCCAUGUACUUUUUCCUCAGCCACCUCUCAUUUUUGGAUUUCUGCUCUUCCUCCAUCAUUGCUCCCAAAAUGCUGGGGAACCUAGUGGCAGAAGACAGAAGCAUUUCAUUUUUAGGAUGUGUAGUACAAUUCUUUUUCUUUUGUACCUUUGUGGUGACUGAAAUCUUUUUAUUAGCUGUAAUGGCCUAUGACCAUUUUGUGGCCAUUUGCAACCCUCUGCUCUACACAGUUGCCAUGUCCCAGAGACUCUGUGCUAUGCUGGUGGCAGGAUCAUAUACUUGGGGAGUAGGGUGUUCCUUGAUACUCACAUGCUCUGCUUUGAAAUUAUCUUUUAAUGGUUCCAACACAAUCAAUCACUUCUGCGAGUUCUCCUUGCUUCUCUCCCUUUCUUGCUCUGAUACUUCUCUCAGCCUGUUGUUGCUUUUCAUCUUUGCUACUUUUAAUACGGUGAGUACAUUACUCAUCAUUCUCACUUCUUAUGUGUUUAUUGUUGUCACCAUCUUGAAAAUGAGUUCAGCCAGUGGGCGUCGUAAGGCAUUCUCUACCUGUGCCUCUCAUCUGACUGCCAUCACCAUCCUCCAUGGCACCAUCCUCUUCCUCUACUGUGUGCCCAACUCCAAAAACUCCAGGCACAUGGUCAAAAUUGUCUCUGUGUUUUACACAGUGGAGAUCCCCAUGUUGAAUCCCUUGAUCUACAGUCUCAGGAAUAAGGAUGUCAAGAAUACAGUCAGCAAGUUAAUGGACACUAGAGUCUUUUCUCAUUGAGCAUAUUAUUUUAGUAGAAUUUGUCCCUAACCUUUAAAUAAAGUGUGUCCAAAAAGGCCAUUUUAGAAGAUACAUUUAAGAUUAAUACUUAAUUUUGCACAAUGGCAAGUACGUGGAUAUUGUUUCAAAAAGACU